UGACUACGCAGCAAAGUGACUCUAUACAGAGCAAACUGAAGAGAGUUUCUGGUCAAUAUCAGAUUUGGAAGCAAGAAUGUCCCAAACAGUUUUACCCGUGAACUCUUCAACACUCAUCAUCCAGAUUCAACCACCAACACAAACAACACCAGCUGGGACUGUGACAAAUGCUCCUGCGCCUGUUUAUGUCCAACAGAUCGCAGGAGUUUCUCCUAAUGGACUUCAGGCAUUUCUGAAAAGCCAACCAAAAACCCUUGGGACUGUCCAGGUAAUGAUUGGUUUGCUGACUUUCAUGCUUGGGAUCGUGUCUACAGUUCAUGCGGAUUCCACGAUUGUCUUUUUUGGUAUUCCUUACUGGGGAUCACUUAUCUACAUUAUUGCAGGUUCACUCUGCAUUGCUGCCGAAAACAAACUUAAUUCACCCUCCGGUUUGUGUUUGGUGAGAGGUUCACUUGGAAUGAACAUUUUCAGUGCUAUAACUGCAGGUUUUGCAGUUAUUAUAAUUUCGGUUGAUUUGGCUAUUCAACAAUUGAACUACAGUUACUGCAGUGAUUAUAAGUGUUUUGAUUUGGAGGAAAGGUAUAAGACCCUCUUCUCGGGAAUCGGUAGUGUUUCACUGAUAUUUGCCUUGCUUGAGUUUAUCAUCUCCAUCUAUCUAUCAUCUUUUGCCUGUAAAGCCACUUCCUGCUGUUAUCCACAGAUGCCGUAUUUUGCACAAGGUUUACCUCCACUGUCCUGUGAUUUUAGGCCCUGUCAUUACCAUGAACCUAAGAGCCCAGAGAUAUCUGUGAUCAGCAACCCGUCCAUGAAUCACCAACCUGCAGAAAUUCCUCCACAAUACAAUGAAAUAUAAAUAAAUAUGAAUAGUAAAAAGGGGUCAGUCACGUGAUCCUGCAGUUGUGUGUGCUGCUUUUGUGGGACAAAAGGCUCCCUGUCCCUUACUACUAAUGUACUGUCAUUAGAAAAGAGAAGAAGCACAGAAGAAAUCACUUGAUCAGAUUACAGAUUUUUUUUAACACACGUGUAAAUUAUAACUAUUCAAGACACUAAUAAAUACUGUUUCCUGAUUUUCUUUCUUUAGUUAAGUCAAAGUUGCCUUAUCAUCAGUGAAACUGGAUAGAUUGUUUUGAACAAGUAAUAGACAAUACUGUAAUACUUUAGGAAUAAAAUAUACUGAAUAA